UAUAAAUAUCGGGGCUCUUUUUCUAUUUCGUUUAGUAAUUUUCAUUUCUAACGUAUUGAACAUUUUCUGUUAGUAAGAAUAAGGAACAGGCUAAACAGUUGAGAUAUAACAAGACACUUCAUAGAAUUUAGACUAGUUUAAAGAGAAAUUAAUUUAACUCUCGUAUUGCAGUGCCUGAGUCUGUCGAACUAGUCGACAAACAACGGAAGUUAUUUAUGUUGGAGCGAUAAGAAGCCAAACGUAUUUUUAAAUGACAGAUUUAACAUCAGUAAUGGACAGCUCAUAGAUGACUCGCAAUAUUUGAUUACAAUAGUAAAUGUACAUGUACAUUUAGGCACUCCUAACCUAAAAUAUUAUGACAGCUCCACUUUAAGAAACAUGGGUGUCUGUGCUGACCGUUUUUUAUCCGAAAUCAAGUCGUACAAAAAAUACGAAUAGAAGGAAAAGGUUGAAGGGGAAUGCCGUACCAGAACCAUCAAAAUAUUUAUUAAAAAAUAAAGAAGAAAAGGAAGAUAUACAAGAACGACAGCUCGUAAAAUUGAUGAGAAAAUAAGAAAGGCAAGACGAAAAAGACGAAGACUACUAUCAACAACAGCAAGCGAAUGUGGUUUAUUGGUAUAAAGGCGCAUCCGAAGGAGAGCUUUCCGUUAAAGCUGAGGAAGAUUCGCGCCCGAGAAAACAUCAAGAAAGAAGAGUUCAUGUCUUAAGAAUUAAGAGAAAGGGCGAAGAGCAGUUGGAAUUUCCUCGAUGGCAAAAAUUUAUUUAUUUUCUUUGUUUUUUGUUAACAAAUUAUUAUAUUCUGACAUUUUGUACUAUUUCUAACUUCUGUUGGGCUUUAUAUGUGUUAUUAUUCAAAAAUAUAGUAAACAAUUUAUUUUUCUUUUUCAGACAACUUACAAUUUUGUCCUUCUCCUAUUUGUCUAUCUCGUAUAGAAAAGUAGAUAUAAACUUUUUCGUAAAACCGAUAAUUAAAUAGAUUUUUUCAGCGUGGCACUCAAUAGGUUCUUGGCUAUGUAGUGUAUAAUCAAACAGAUCAGAUCUCAAACUUUAAGCUUAAAUACAUAUGUUCAUGCAUAUGCUAAUUUGCAAUCAAACAGGGAAGAUCUUUAAUUUUAUAGGUUCUUGUAUAUGCUAAUUUCAAUUAAACUCAGAAUUUGGUCACAUGCUGCAGCACUUGUACUGUAAAACAACUAGAACUACGUGCGCAAGUAAUCUUUUCUCUUUGUUACAUAUUAUAUCAGCGAUGCAUUAACUUAAUUAUAUUGCUAUUGGGCAAAUUUUUUGUAUGCCUCACACGAUUGGUUCUCAAUUGUCAUACAUUGAUUGACUCACUGGAUCUCUGAUUGGCUGCAUUCAAACAAAUUCAAAUUUAAAUAUGGAGAUAUACAGAUGAAGUGCGUGAAAAAACGGAGAAAGCAGUUUAGAAAUAAAAAGAUGCUACAUGGAGAAGUAAAGCGUUGUUCCGUUCUUUCUGUAUUAGCAUCGCGAUUAUUCUGAUUUUGUGUAUACGAUAAUAAAUUAGGUAAUAUAAUUUAAAGUAAACAAAUAAUUAAUAAAUGUGUAACUACGAGUGACUUAAUUGUGUUCUUUUGCACAACGAGAUUUGUUUGCCAGAUACUUGUUUAUAUCGCUCGUUAUAUUUUCAAUUUUAUGUGACGCACUAUUGAAGUAACUACGUUUGUUUUAUUGUUUUGAAUAAAAUGUGAUUUGGGUCACCAUGAACAGUAAAAGGGGGCAUGUCUAAUAAUAGAUAUUGUAGUUUGAAUACUGGAAAUAUUGAUCUUGCAUAUAUGGAUAUUGGUUAAAUAUUCUGAAGUAUGUAGUUUCUUUUUGUUAUUGCAUUAAUCCAAAUAAUUGAUCUUCAUGUUUAGAUAGAAUCAUGCUAGCCAAAACCAAAAAUUAAUUUAUCAAAAGUAACUAGCAGCACAGUAAAUAUUGCAUUGGAAAGAAUAAUCAAAAAAUGAUAUGAAUUAAUAUGUCCCUUGCACGUUCUAAUGCUGUUCCUCAAAAACUGAUAAAGACCAAAAUACAACUGAUAAAACACAUAUAUAAAAACUUUGACAAAAUAUAGCAAACUUCAAGAACAAAUGAACACAUUUAAAGACAAAUGAAAAUAUACAUAAACUAAAAGCAGAAGGAUAUGAAAAUCUGAAUAAGACAUUAGUAAACGAAUGCAGGGAAUUAAAAGCAGAAAUGAAUAAAUUGCAAGAAGAAAAAAAGAAUUUGACAAAAUGUUUGGAAGAAUCAGAGGAGUCAUGUAAAAACAUUUCAAAUAUUUUGGUAGAAUUUAAAGAAAAAUGCUCGUCUCAAGAGUUAUUACUGUCACAACAUGAAUUUAUAAUAAAGGAUCUAAAAGCUAGUUUAGAAGUUGAAAGAGAGAUAAAUAAAGAAUUAAAUACAACUAAAAAUGAGUUACAAACAUUGGUUCAUACCAUGGACAAAGAUCGUAGAGUUCUUGAUAAUGCAAUAAAGAAAUGAAAGGAAAUAUCAGGGUAUUUUGCAAAGUCCGACUUAGCACUCCAAGUGAACUUGGAAAAGCGAUGUGUAAUAUCAACUUUAUAGAUGAAUGCAAUAUCGAAGUAGGAAAAUUUGAUGGGUCUGAUACAGUUAGUUGCAGUGGAAAAUCAAAGGGAACCAGACAAGAAUUUUCUUUCGAUGAAGUGUUCCCAGCAAUUGCUAGCCAAGAAAAUAUUUUUGAAGAAUUAGCCCUGUUAGUUGAAUCUGCUUUAGAGGGGUAUAAUGUCUGUAUAGCUGACUUAUUUAUUAAUAGUGCCUUUAAGUGGCACAUCAAAGACAUUGAUAUUACUGAAUGUAUCUCCUUUAGACAAAUAUUAUAAUGAAACAUUAAAUUUAUUGAGAUUUGCUAGUAAUGUAUACAAUUGCUAAUCCCAGAAUGGAAAAAGAAUAUGAUUAAUGUUAUUAUCCUAUGAGCAUGACUACAAAACACUAUACAAGGUUUCAACAAAUAGUAUCUCGAUUAGAUUUGAAAAUAUCUAUGUCAUACCUCUUUAAGCAUUAAUUAGACUGUUUUAUAUAAUGGACAGAUAUCGUAUUUUGUUAAAGAAAUACAAAUAAUAGUAAAGGAUUUACCAAAAGGAAUGGUUAUACAUGAUUUUAUGCGAAUAUCACUAUUAGAAACAAAUUCAAAUUUGUCCACUAUGUUGAAAAUUAAUUUUAAUGAUUUCACACAAUUAGGCAAUUUUAUUGACUUUGCAAUUGAGAAAACACGUAUUCCUGUCCAUUUACUAUUGUAAUUCCAAUUAGAAAAAUAAUAAGAGCUAUUCUCUGGUAAGAAAGUAUGUUCACAAGGAAAAAGCAAAAUUAACGGAUAUGGAUAAAUAUGUGAAUAUGUAAUAUUAUGGGAAGCUAUAUUCCAGAAAGUGUUUGAGACUGUGAAUGUUGUAAUAACAUCCUGCAGUGAUGAAGGCAUCAAAUUUACGUUGCAUACUUAAGCAUCGAAGUCCUUGGUGAUAAUAAAAGUGAUACCUAAUGUUUGGAAAUCUAUGUUACCUACCAAAAGAUGAUAGUAGAAUCAAUCUUGUUAAAUGAAUUAAAAAAUGGAAUCACGCUUGCCAAAGCCAAAAAUUAAUUUAUCAAAAGCAAUUAACAGCACAGUGAACAUUGCUACAGAAAAAGAUAAUCAAAAAAUGGUAAAAAGCCAAAAUGAUCUGCCCCAUGCAAGUUCUAAUGCUGUUCCUGAGAGACUGACAAAAGCCAAAAGUACAGUAAAUAUAGCAAAAUGUUCAAAUGAAAAUAAACCUCCAGUUAAACAAACUUUUAGUAGAUCGAAGACUAUGUCUUCCAUUACUACCAGAGCUGUGAAAAGACCAGCUGUUGCAACCAUUGCACAUGGCGAGACCAAGAAACAAUUUACUAAGCCUCCUACUAAAAUAAGAACACAGCAAGUUGGUAGUACAUUAAGAAAUAAUACCACCAAUAAGUCUAGUCAGAAUAACAUAGCACAGAAGGUACAAUGCAGUAGUAAUGCUGCUAAGCCUUCUAAAUGGGACUUAAAGGGUCGAUUGGCCCACACAAGUAAUGAGUUAUCUAAUAUACGACAGAAAUAUGCAGAAACUUCAGGAAAAUAUAACGAACUUCAAGAACAAAUGAACACAUUAAAGGCAAAUGAAAAUGUAUAUAAACUAAAAGCAGAAGAAUAUGAAAAUUUAAAUAAGACAUUAGUAAAUGAAUGCAGAGAAUUAAAAGCAGAAAUGAAUAAAUUGCAAGAAGAAAAAGAGAAUUUGACAAAAUGUUUAAAAGAAUCAGAGGAGUCAUGUAAAAACAUUUCAAAUAUUUUAGUAGAGUUUAAAGAAAAAUGCUCGUCUCAAGAGUCAUUACUGUCACAACAUGAAUUUAUAAUAAAGGAUCUAAAAGCUAGUUUAGAAGUUGAAAGAGAGAUGAAUAAAGAAUUAAAUACAACUAAAAAUGAGUUACAAACAUUGGUUCAUACCAUGGACAAAGAUCGUAGAGUCCUUCAUAAUGCAAUACAAGAAAUGAAAGGAAAUAUCAGGGUAUUUUGCAGAGUCCGACCUAGAACUCCAAGUGAACUUGGAAAAGCGAUGUGUAAUAUCAACUUUGUAGAUGAAUGCACUAUCGAAGUAGGAAAAUUUGAUGGGUCUGAUUCAGUUAGUUGCAGCGGAAGACCGAGAGGAACCAGGCAAGAGUUCUCUUUCGAUAAAGUCUUUCCACCAACUGCUAGCCAAGAAAAUAUUUUUGAAGAAUUAGCCCUGUUAGUUGAGUCUGCUUUAGAGGGAUAUAAUGUCUGUGUAUUUGCAUAUGGCCAGACUGGUUCUGGUAAAACAUAUACUAUGGAAGGUUUACCGGGUAUUGAAAUGGAAGGCAUGAUACCUAGAACGGUACGACAUAUAUUUCAAAAAAUGAAAGAAUUUCAAUUACUUGGUUGGGAAUAUCGGAUAGAAGCUAGUUUCCUUGAGAUUUACAAUGAGCAUAUUGUUGACUUGCUUGAUUCUCAAGCUAAGACACAUGAAAUCAAAAUGGCUGAUAGUAAGGGACACAAUUUGUAUGUCAGUAAUUUGAAAAUACAGGAAAUUAAUAGCCCUGAAGAAUUGCACGAGUGCCUUUUGACGGCGCAAUGUAAUAGAGCAGUUGCGGCUACUCAAUCGAACGAACGGUCGUCUAGGUCGCAUUCAGUAACAAGAAUAAAGCUUGUAGGAACACAUCAGUUAAAAGAGGAGAUUUCAAUAGGAAACUUAAAUUUAGUUGACCUAGCGGGAUCUGAAAGAUUAAAAGGGGAAGAAUCUGUACGAUUGGCAGAAACGAAAAACAUUAAUAAAUCGUUAGCAAACUUGGGCAACGUUAUCUUGGCCCUUUUGAAAAAACAAGAACAUAUUCCAUACAGAAACUCAAAACUCACUCAUUUAUUAAUGCCGUCUUUGGGUGGCAAUUCAAAGACUUUGAUGUUACUGAACGUAUCUCCUUUAGACGAAUGUUAUAACGAAACAUUGAAUUCAUUGAGAUUUGCUAGCAGUGUAAACAGUUGCAAACCCGGUAAUGCAAAAAGAACACGACUAGUGCUACAAAACUCCGCAUGAAGUUUCACCAAAUAGUAUUUUUAUUACACUUCAAGAUUUUAGUGUUUUUAUUAUUUUUUAAAAGCAUUAUUUAGACUAUUUUAUAUAGUAAACGCACAUCCUCUUUUGUGUCAUUUUAUUUUUUUCUUUUAUAAAUCGCAACAAAAACUGUAAAUAGUUCAAUAUAAAAUAUAUUACCAUAA